AAAAAUAAUGUCGAUAAAGAAGUAUGUGUUCUUAUCGAUCGUCGAUGUAGACAAAAUUUAAAAAACAAAAUAAUUUUCUUGCAAAUUGCGAUUAAUAAGAAUAAAAGAAAUUUAAUAUUAGAUAAUAAGUAAAAUGCAAGUUGCUGAUGACAGUUUGAGGAACGUGGUACUUGCGAUGAGGAUGGUAGGAUCACGUUGAAGAAGGUAUACGUUCCUUCUACAGAAAGGUAUUCAAAAUCGACUGAAAAAUUGUCAAAAAUAGGUGACCAAUUAACUUUUAACGCAAACGGAAAUUAUUAUAACCACAACAACAACAGUAUAAAUUAUUCAAAAAGAUUCGUCAAUGAAUCCUUGCCAUCGUUUUCUUUGGCAAAUAAAAUUAUGAAUUAUGCAAAGGAUUUUGUAAAACCCAGUAAGUCGAGUUUUCAAGAAAGAAAAAAAAUCAUUCAACCAAACACUCGUUCAUCUACAAUAGUAUUUUCGAAUAAUUAUCUUACAUCUAAUCUGAAUCCUCACACAUUAUCAUUUUUUCAACAAAAUAAUCGAAUAUUUACCAAUAAUAAUAUCGAAGGAUCAUCAUUGGAUCAAAACGAUUUAACAUUGAAUCAUGUAACUCCCUUCAAUGAUAGAAAAACUUUGUUACAACCGAAAGAAGAAUUCAUACAAUCCUAUCCAUAUUCUCAAGUAAUCAGUAUGUUACAAUCUUAUUCUAAUUUAAAUGAUAAUUCUAAUCAAAAUGAUUCAACGAAUUUGAAUCAACAUGAUCAAAAAUCUAAUCCGUGUUGUUUCAUUUGUUUACCAAAUGUAUCUAAUUAUAAUUGUCUAAAACAAGAAGAAAGUCAAGAAAAUUUGAAUAUCAAUAAUUUGCAAGAUGUUCAACAAAAUCAAUUGAUAAUAGACACUUACAAUCCACAAAAUACUAUUUACAAAGAUGUUACAAAAUAUAAUAAUGUAACGAAUAAUGUACCUUCUUCUUCUUCUUCUUAUUCUAUUGGAUCGAAUUAUUAUUUCGAACAAGAAUAUAAUGAUAAUCGCAUUAAUUUGGUAAAUCAAUCGAAAUGUUGUUACGUUAAAAAACAAUUAGCUUGUGAUUUCUGUGAUUGUGAUCAAAAUGAUAACGUUUUUAACAUAUUAAAAUAUUCUAAAGGUGGUAGACCGAUUCUUAAACGAAAAUUAUGAUCUCUGGAUAACUUCUUCUUUUUUAAUUUUAAUUUUCUAUUUUAUUUCUUAAUUAGAUUAAUCGUUAUUAAGCAUA